AUGAGUCAAAACGGUGAAGGUGGAGAGCAUGAAGGUUCAAGAAGGUUUUCGCAACCGAAUUAUCCAUCUCCACGCACUCAACGUCGCAGAUUAAGUUCCCCACCCUCGGGACCUCCCAGAAAUGAAGUAGGCGCACAAGCUGACAUCACAAGGUCACCACAAUCGAAGCGACCUCGCACCACAGAAGACGGAGAAGGCCCCUCGCCUGCUUAUCCCGAUGCAUCACCAGAGGAAGAACCAGAUGCAACAAAUGAUGAUCAGCACACUCCAUCUGCAGACACACCUCCAGCACAAGUGGGCACACCGCAGCCAGAUCGUGUUGAACAACACGCACCAACUGCAGACGCAUGUCCCCUACAAGAGGAAGCACGGAUUCUAGUUAUAGGUUUUGGCACCACCACAGUCACGGUAGUCAUCUCGUUAUUUAUUCUUGAAGAUGAACGGUACGCAUCAACUGGAAACACAUGUUCACUGCAAGAAGAAGCACUGAAUCUCAUUCGUGAUGAACAGCAUGCAUCAGCUGCAUUCACAGCUUCACCUGAGGAGGAAGCUCUGAAUACAAUCCGUGAUGGCCAACACCCUCUACUACAACAGGAAGGUGGGACACAUGUCGAUGUCGGCGAAGGUCCUGAACGUCGUAUUAUUUCAAUUGCGCCACAGGAAAUAGUAAAUCCAGUAGUUGAAUUGUUCGAUUUGACAAUAAAAUCACAAGAUGUGGGCAAUUCUUCCUUCGACAAGACCCAUCGCCUUGAGCUCAACCUCAGUAGCGUAGCCGAAUCCCUUAGAAUGGUCAUCAACCAGUAUCUAACCCAUCUGCCGACACAAAAUCAACUAAAAGAAAGUCCAAAGGGAUUUCUUGCCAUAGAUGACUUUCAUGACGUGCUAACAGAAGGAGAUUGCCAACUGUAUUCGAGGACUUUAAACGAGGAAUUGGAUCUAGAUACAAGAUAUGUGCAAUCAUACAAUCAUCAAUUCCUUAGCCGUUGUGGUAUCGCUGCCGAUACUCGUAAUUGCCUUAUCCAAUGGAUGAUACAGCUGAAUAUGCGGAUGGGCAUUCCAACGCAGACCUUGCAUAUAGCCGUAGGCCUUAUGGAUCUGUACACCUGUCUUCGACCUAUAAUACGCCAAGAAUAUCAGCUAUUGGCUCUGGGGGCAAUCAAAAUGGCCAUUCGUAUUAGGUCGCCUAAUACACCAAUAGAGUAUAAAAAUAUAUGCAGCAUUAUUAAUGGUGCAUACACACCGGUCCAGAUUAUAAGAAUGGAGGAAACAUUGAGAAGGUGCAUAGGAAAUGGGAUUUAUUUCCCAACUCCACAUAGAUUCCUCGACCUCUACAUGUUUGGCUUCCCCGACUUUACGGACUCAAUAUUGGAAUGGGCUAUGCAAGCUUGCAAUUACAUCUUCGAAUUGGGUCUUUGUCAAGCCAGUCUGUGUCGCUAUUCCGCCAGCUUGCGUUGUGCCGGUGUACUCUACCUCAUUCGUCGAAUACUAGGAUUGAGAUGUGUCUGUGGGUUUUUAUGCAGCCAUUGCUUUAAACCUGCAUGGCCACCUUCCAUGGUAAAAUUUACAGGUCACAGCGAGACCAAAGAACUCAGGACCGUUGCCAGAUUAUACGGCCGGAUCCUCUUCCGGAUUAAAAGUUACUGCAUUCCAUAUUAUACGAAACACCUCACAAACAUACCAUACAUGGCAAGUCGUUUUCAACAAGUACGUGAAGCCGGAGUACGGGGAAAUUGCAGUGGACCCCAAACUGCGUAUGGUGACACUAAGCUUUUUGAAUGA